UUGUUUUUUAAGAUGGCUGAUGUGGAGCUGGUGAGGAAGAUGGUGCGGGCCAUCUUGCACGCUAACAAAGGUGGAGUGUCUCUGUCACGUCUGCAGUCAGAGUACAAGGAGCUGACUGGGGAGCAGAUACCACAUAAACAAAUGGGACACAGUCAACUGGGUGCUCUGCUAGCUGACAUGCCCUCUGUGGUCCGCAUAGAGCGCAACCGGUCUGGAGAGGUGGUCUAUUUUGCUUCUGGGGGCACUGACACAGCCCAUAUAGCAAAGGUAGUGGCCCGUCAACGAAGUUCGAAGAAGACAGGCCGGCCCCACCUGGUCAACACCCAGAUGAGGGUCAAACCAGCAGUUCCACUUGUUCUCAAUGCCAAACCUCAAACCUCUCUGAGGCAGCCAAAACACAGAGGACGAGGUGGGGGUAGAGCUGGCCGCGGGGCUGGACAUGGAGACUUUAGACAGACGAGAGACAUAAGGGAUGGCCAGUCAGAUGGCAAGAGCGGUGGGCACCCAAACAAGUUGUCCAACCAGAACACACCCAACAGAAAAGGGAACCAAGCUGGAGACAAGCCAGACAAGAGGAUGACUCUCCCGUCACGGUUCCAAAAGGAGGUGCAUGCUCACCUUUCCAGAAACUCCCAACAGACUGGUUCACCUUUAAAUCUAAAUGAGAGCUUUGGCUCAGGGAAAGGAAAACCUUACAACCCUCAGCAGAUCCAGGGUCACAUCAGAGAGAUCUUGGGAAAGUACAGCAAUGGCUUCUGGGUGUCUAAACUGCCACAGAUCUACAGAGACCUAUACAAACAGGACCUUCCAACUGAGGCGAUCAAAGACCUGGAGACCUGGACUCACAUCUGCACCAUAGAGAAAACGUGCAGUAGUAACUCAUCUGAGCUGCUUCUCUACCCUGCCAAGGAAGAGGCCAUGGCGUCUUCUCCUUCACACAUCUUUAACCCAAAUUCAAACACUAUUAUUACAACUACUUCGAACACCCCAGUAGACAAACAUUUACAAUCCCCUGUCCAACAGAGACCUCCUAGCGCUCAUCUAAAUCGCUCUGGAUCUCAAUCUCCACCAUCAUCCUCCUUCUCGCCCAGUCCUCCCUCCUCCCCUGCUACCAUUAAUGUUGACCUGAAGCAGAAACUGGAGGAGCUGCUGGUGAAGUACUCCAAUGGUCUGUGGGCCCAUGCUUUGCCAAAGCUCUUCCAGGACACCUACAAAACCAAACUGCCUGGACAUGUCUUGGAGAACCUUGGUCUGCUCUCUGACAUCUGCACUAUCGACUACCCGAUGCCUGACAACCCAAAGAGGGCCAUUCUGUACAGGAAAAGCAAAGCAGGAGGUGGGGAGGAUGAGAACUGUAACGGAGGGAGCUCCUCGAUCAGUGAGGAUGAUCUGAGGUUGAGGAAGGAGCUGGGGAGAAGGCUCAGUAACCAGGCAGUGCCUUCUCUGCAGAUCCCAAAAGAGGAAUAUCCCUCUGUUCUUGUUGUUGAGGCCACAAACACAAAUGGAGUUGUACUAAGAUACAUUGGGGAGGGUUAUUCCCAGGCACAGGAGUCCAUGGAGGAUGAGAUGAGGGAGUUCUAUGGCUUGGACCAAAGCCGGCCAUCUCCCCUGUUGUCUCUUUCCUCGGGCCAACUUGUCGCAGUCCGUGCUGAGGAAGAGGAGGAGAUUCUUAGAGCACAGGUCAUCGAGGUGAUGACCGACAAAGUCAAGGUAUACUAUGUGGACCAUGGCUUCUCAGAGGUGAUCAUUAAAACCAAAGUGUUUGAACUACAUGAGAAGUUUUUCAAGUUACCUUUUCAGGCAACCAAAUGUAAACUGGCAGGCCUGGAGCCAUUCUGUCAGGAGCCUGCAGUGUUGAAGAAGUUUGAGGCAAUGGCGAGUGGAAGGAUCCUGUUGGCUGAGAUCUUGGAGAGAACGCCGGCACCUCUUGCUGUCCUUUAUGACACAUCUCAGGAUGAUGACGUGAACAUCAAUGCUGCCUGCAUGAAAGCUCUGCAGGACAAGACAUUAGCGAGCCCAUUACAGGUGAACAGCGCCUAUAUGAAUGUGACUGUCAGCAGUGUUUGCUCUGAUGGGACUAUUUACUGUCGGCUCCCCUCCAGAGGACUCGCCAAGAUGAACGAGAUUCUGGAGAAUAUAGAGACGUACUUCCACUCACAGGUGACAUCAGAGUUCCUGGUAUCCAGACCCUUUUGUGGGAAAGGAUGUCUGGCCCGCUAUAAAGGCAAAUGGUCCCGUGUAGAGAUCACCAACCUGCAUGGCAGCAGAGUGUUGGACAUCCUGUUUAUCGAUAUCGGUGUCCAAGCUUCCAUAGAGGUGUUUGAGCUGAGAGAGAUCCCAUCACCAUUCCUCCGUGACCUCAUGGCUGUCCCACCACAGGCUGUGAAGUGCUGUCUAGCAGACCUGGCUGUCAGUGUUGGGUCCUGGACUCCAGAAGCUGUCCAGUGGCUUCGAGAAAAAGUCCUCCACACCACUGACUGUAGCAUGAAGGUUGCCAAGGUAGAUGAAACCAAACACUGCAUCAGCAUCCACUUGUUCACUGACAAGAACUUCCAUGAUCCGGCCUUCAGCCUAAACCAUCAGAUGGCCCAGUCCGACCUUUUCAAACAGCAGCCAGACGUGUUCCUUACCAGCCACAGCCCAACCAAGAUUUGGACAAAUGUCUCCCCUUCCAAGAUCUCCAGCACCAGUGACUCCACAAACAGCAGUCCUACAUCAGCCUCUGCUCCACCCAAGCCUCAUCUCAAAAAGCCUCUGUCAGGACCCAGAGGAGGAGGGGGGAGCACAACCGCCAGCCCACCGGAAUCUCCAUCAUCCCUUUCACACUCUCUCCAGCUGCCACCCCUGCUGGACCUGCCCCCAGUUGGGAACAACAUUGAUGUUUACGUGUCACUGGCAUGUCAUCCUGGACACUUUGUGCUGCAGCCUUGGAGAGACAUGUAUAAACUGGUGGUGCUGAUGGGAGAGAUGAUACUCUACUACAACAAAACUGAGGAGAAACCACUCAAAAUACAGAAGAAUCAUAUGUAUGCGGCUAAAGUAGAGAACAACUGGCAUCGUGUGUUAGUGAAGGGAGUCCUGAGCAAUGGCUUGGUUUCUGUGUAUGAGCUGGACUACGGCAAACAUGAGCUGGUCAGCUGCAGCCAGCUCAGACCACUGAUCAAGGAGUUCAGACAGCUGCCUUUCCAGGGAAUUACUGCCCAGCUGGCUGGAGUCAAACCGAGGCAGUGGUCAGAGGAAGCGUCCAUCGUUUUCAGGAACCACGUGGAGAAGAAGCCUCUGGUGGCCCAGCUGGAGGCCGUGCAGGAAGCCAUGAACCCAUGGGACAGGAAGCUGACCGUCUUCCUGGUGGACACUUCACAGGAAGAAAGAGACAUCUGGAUGCAUGACAUCAUGGCUGAGUUUGCAGAAGAGCUGAACAACGAGCUGUAG